CACACCACGUAAAGCAUCCACCCUGUGUACGCUCACCGUCAUUGACACUUUUUCGGGGUGCUUUGUGCGUGGAUAUCGAGUGUCUCACUGCUGCUAACAGCUCUGAAAAGGAGAGAAAGGCAGGUCUACAUUAAAAGAUCAGCUCCCAGACCAAUGCACGCUUAUAAAAAGUGCCAAACAGCAACCUUACGACAAUGCACAUGCAUGUUUUGAGCUAGCAAGUGCUAUGUGCCGUUAGUUGAUCCGUGUCAGGUAAUGGCUACGCAGAGAUCAGCCUUGACUAUCUCCCACGCAGACUCUUGACAUGGGGAGUAAAAUGUCCUUCAGCAGAGGAAGCAGUGACCAAAAUACAGUCUCUGAGUUAACUUCUGUGGCAUCGCAUCCUCGCAAUUCCAUACAUGCCCCUUUGGACUGCAAGCAGAUACCAGAAGACAGGAGAUGCAGUAAAGACCUGGACUCCAGUUGGGGAGAGGAAAUGAAAGCAACAGAAGUGACUGAACCUGCACCUGAAUCCCACCCAUCGGGGCAUGUGGAGUCCGAUGGCCGUGUUAACUCUGAAACAGUAGGCGGAACAAGUUGUCAACCCAGUGGGCAGAUAUCCUCACACACAGGGAUGGAAGCAAAGUGUCAAAUGACAUCUGCAAGCGUGUGCAGCUCUACAACAGACAGCCAUGGACAGCCUGUGGCGGUCCGCAGGAGACCCGGGCGCCCACGUAAAAGAAGACGGUUGUUGACUAAAGACAAAAAAGACCCAGAUUCUGCUGGUUGUGAUGCAGUUCAACAUAAGGAGAUCAGCACGACAAUACCUUUGCCAACAUGCUUAGAGAACCACAACCGUGAUGAUGUGCCUAACGCCGUAGACGUUCCAUUAAUCAAUAAUACACCCCAUAAUGAGAAGUCUGGUCCUCAUAAUGUCUCUGAUGGUAAAGUAGAAGACAGUGUCCCUGUGCUGCCAAAAAGAAGAAGAGGAAGGCCGAAUAAAGCACAGAUCGCGGCUUUUAAAGCUAUGGUCGCUGAGGCUGCUGCUGCCAGAGCUCCUGCCGCCUCUGCUAAUGCUAAUAAUGUUAGCGGUCCUGCACGGAGACUAAGGAGCAGAGGGGAACAGCCGCCUUCAACACCGGAUGGAAUGCCUGAAUCUGAUAGCAAGGUCCACCCCAAGCAGACUCAAGUGACUCCUUCAGAAAGCAGUACUACAUUAAACUUUCAAGGUAAUAAAAGACGAAGCGCUAAACUGGCUUAUCAGCAAGUUCCUGCUAAAUUGUCCAAACUCGAUGUUUCCCAGGAUGCCUCAGCACUAUUAAGCCACAACACAGCCUGUGGGGAGAGAGCAGAGACCGAUAAACAAAUGGAAUGUAACAGUGAGAAACAAGAGACUGAUACGGAUGGAAAGAGCUCUCAACUCUCCCCACAGUCUCAAGGACAUGUUAUUACUUCUGAGGGUUCGAACAGUCUAAACUUGGUAAUUCCUACUGAGUGUUGUGACCCCAAAAUAAAACAGUCAGCUGACACGAAUGGCAGCGGGGAGUCGCAAUCAAAAAGCAGUCUUGAAUCCCCAAAGAAUGCGAACCUGCAGAAUACGGAGCCCUGUAGCAUUGGUGUCAUAACCUUCUCUGAACUAUCACCUAAACCUGUCGGAUUCCCCCCCGCUGUGAAAGCGGAGAAUAUCGAGAUGGAGCUGGAUCCUUUAAAUCCUGGGUCUGAGUCAAAUAGUCCUACUUUACAAAGCAAUGCCAACACUUCAGCUAAGCUAAGUCAGCGAAAUACUUUCAGGCGCAAGAAAGGCGGCAAGAGAAGAAGAAAAAGUAAUGUUUUGUUCCAGAGAGAGCAACUUGAAGCCAGCAAUGACAUUGAACAAAAUACCGACUGCGGUGACGGGGAUAAAGAGGCCAGCUCGAAUUUCAGCUACACUAAAAAAGGGGGGAGAACUCUGUUGCAAUGUGGUUAUUGUAGUCAGACCUUUAAAUUUCUCUCUCAGUUCAUCAUCCAUCAGCGCGUUCAUACAGGAGAGCGACCUUUCAAAUGCCCUGAAUGUGGCAGAGGUUUUAGCAAAAAUUCCAACUUAAAUCUUCAUCUCAAGACGCACAAAAAGAGCAACAUGUAUAAAAAAUGUCCCCUUUGCAAGAUCAAAUUCUCUUGCUUGGAAUAUGCCUCUCAUAUGAAGAUACACGCACACGUGCUGGACCAGGACUCUGAGGAUGACAAAUCAGAAAGACGCAGCUCCACUAGGGGCCAUGAAAACAGUCAGGAACUUUGUAGACCAGUUUCCCCAGUAAAGAGAGAAAGGAAAGUGUGCCAGUACUGCGGUAAAACAUUCCCGUUUCAGUCUGCCCUCAUAAGACAUGUGCGUGUCCACACUGGAGAGAAGCCCUAUAAAUGUGAUAUAUGUGGCAAAGCUUUCGGUCAGGCCUAUUUCCUCCGUGUUCACGAGCUAACACACUGGUCGGUAAAGCGUUACAACUGUACACGCUGUGACAAAUCAUUCACUCAUUAUAGCAAUGCAAAAAAUCACAGCUGCAGACCUCCGGGAACCGGUGACGAUUUACAAGCCAACAGACGUGUGAAGCCUUCACUAACGUACACAUGCCACAUCUGCAAGAAUGUUUUUGACCAUCUACAGGAGUUCAACAGCCACAUGAGAGCCCACACCGGUGCGAAGCUUUAUCGCUGCUUGUAUUGUGACAAGCUGUUUGGUGUGCUGUCCGAGUUUAGCACCCAUCGCAGUCAGUGCAGCGGAGAGGACAAGGCCUCCAGCAGUUCUGCAAUCAAAGAGGAGGAGACAAUGUCAUUGAUACAGUACACAGUGCCUGCACUUAGGUGUUCAUCUGGACAAAAUUCAGCUUCUCCUCUCACAGGAGCAAAUUGUGAAACGCAGAAAGAACCAUCACAGACCAGCCACAAGAAACGCUUCGCCAACUUAAAGAAACCGUUCCAGUCAACAGGCACACCGGCUCACCCUCUCUCACACAUCGUGUCAAAGUUGAACAAAUUAGAUAACCGCUCAGACCCCAGGAAAUAUUUAUGUCCAAGCUGUGGCCGACUGUUCAGACACAUGGGCAGACUCCGAGCCCACAUGCUCACCCAUGCCCCAGGUCAAAGUUACACUUGUGGCUGUUGCGGCAAGACUCUAGAAAACUGGAGAAAACUGUGGCACCAUCAGAGAACCCACCGACAGAGACGCGGCCGCUUCACUUGUCCUCAGUGCGGGCAAGGUUUUCGGUUCGUGGAGCCUUAUAAAAAACACAUGAGUGAGCACCCGGAGUUCCAGUGGAUUCAGGUCAGGCCCAAAAAAGUGUUUCUGCCUUAUAAAUGUGAGCAGUGCAAGUGCAGCUUUCAGACUCUGGAUUUACUGUUCAGUCAUCAGCUUUGCCAUUCCUCAACGCACAAGGACCCUGAUUUUGAUAUAUCUAUGGAUGAUCAUGCUUCACAGUCAAACAAGAAAAUGUUUAGCCCUCCCACGAACAACCACAUAGCUAAACUAUGUCCAGAUCCAGAGGUAAACCUCUCUCCUCUAGGCCCCUUAUCCACAUGUCCAGACCCAGUAACUCCCGAGUUGCCUCAAAAACCAAUGUUUUCCUUUGUCCAGAGUAAGGGUCUUGAUUUGGGUCAAACUUCCCUGCAUCCUAGCUGCACACAUUCAAUCCAAGAGAGAGAAACCAGUCGAGACAGAAUAGAUGAAAAUGCACUUGGAAAACCUUUUACUCCUUUGAGAACCGUGAAAAGACGCGUGAGUGCCAGAAUGUCAAAUGAAGGGUCUGCAGAUGGAGUUAGGUGUGCUGUGUGUGGGGAUGCAUAUCCUGACAUUUCAGACCUUUAUCAUCAUUAUUUGCAGCAUGCUAGAGGCCAGUUGUAAUAAACUAAACAGAGAUUUGUUGCCAAUACAGGGGGGUCCUGUAGUCCUAGAUUAAAUGGAUGAUAAUGGAAAACAUUCAUUUCCAUUCAUAACGACUGAAACAUUUUUAUUUAUUGUUGUUUCCCGGCAACCUCCUGGUAUCUUUAAUUCAUAACUUGGAAAAGUACCCUGCACUGAUCAGAGGGCUAGGCGUCACACUGAAGUCAUUUCUGAACUCGUUAUUGCUGUGGAAAUUUAGUUUGGCAGACCUGACUAAGAAUGUGUAUCAUUUAUUUUUAUUUUAUAAGACAUCAAUUAAUAGAACCAUCAAUUAUUAUAGAAAAAGAGCUGUUAUAGUUUUACAAAUUUCAAACAACUCAUCACGUGCAUUCACUUUAUGGCCACUGUGAAUUUAAUAUCAAACGUUGACAUUUAAAAUCACGCAGGCCGCUCUUGACUUCUACAAGUGAAAGUGUUACUCAAACUGUUUAAGUGAUGUUUAUGGACAAAAAAUAAAAUAAAAAAAAGUUUUGUUCUGGUCUCCAACAUGGACAUGUAUCAGCAUUUUGUAUUUACAUUAAAAGUGAAUAUCAGCUUUACUCAUUCAUAUAUUUGUUAAAUUAUUUGUUCUAUUGUGGACUUGUAACAUGAUGGCUAAAAUUAAGAGAUGCUACAUUUUCUAGAAAAUACACUAACAAACAUUCCACAGCUGAAAACAGUGUGCAACGUGAAUGCUGUGGAUCAUUCAUUAUGUUUCACUGCCUUUGAAAAACUACAUAACGUGCUUCAGUGUCGGGCUUGAGUUUUGUUUGAAUCAUGAAAAGCCCAUU